UCCAGGCUGUCAGUGAGGGUUCCCUGAACCUCGCAUCCUGUGCAAUCGCAUCCUGAAUCAGUCUUCUAUUGAUAACUUUCCCCGAUUUACAAACAGAAACUACCUGGCCAUGAGUGGAGAUCAUGGACGCGGAGACUCUCAGGUCAACUGUGGAUCUAAAGGAAGCGACACUCACAAAUAUAAAGACAAGCACAAAGACAAGGAACACAGACACAAAGAUCACAAAAAAGACAAGGAACGAGAGAAAUUCAAGCACAGCAUCAGCGAACAUAAGGAGUACUCUGAGAAGAAACACAGAGACAAAGACAAAGAGAAGCUGAAGCACAGCAACGGCAGCUCAGACAAACACAAAGAAAAACACAAGGAGAAAGACAAGGAGAAGAGGAGAGAGAACAAGAUUCAAUCAUUCCAUUCAGACAAGCCUAAAAAGGAUAAGGAAAAUGGAUAUGUAAGAGAGACAAGUCCUGCUGCAAUUAAGAGUGAGCCUGAAGAAGACAACUGCUUCUAUCCGUCUCCCCAGCACAGCAAGACCUCUAAACGAGAGUAUGAUGACGAAGAAUUUGAAUACAAACCCAAAAAAGUCAAGGUGGAGCAUGACAAAAAGGCUAAAAAGAGGAAACAUGAGUAUGAAGAGGAUGAAGAAGAUGAGGAUGUCAAAUACAAAAAGAAGACAAAAGCCAAAAAAGCAGCUGAGGGGAAGAAAGCCAAAAAAGAAGAAGAGAAGUGGAAAUGGUGGGAGGAGGAGCGAUAUACUGACGGCUCAAAGUGGCGCUUUCUUGAACAUAAGGGUCCAGUGUUUGCUCCUCCAUAUGAGCCUUUGCCUAGCAAAGUCAAAUUUUACUAUGAUGGUAAGCCUAUGAAACUAAGUGCUCCUGCUGAGGAGGUAGCAACAUUUUUUGCCAAGAUGUUAGAUCAUGAGUACACCACUAAAGAUAUCUUUAGGAAGAAUUUCUUUAAGGACUGGAAAAAGGAAAUGACAUCAGAGGAGAAGUCAGUCAUUACUGACCUGAACAAGUGUAACUUUAGUAAAAUGAACGAAUACUUCAAGGCCCAAUCAGAGGCUCGCAAACAAAUGUCAAAGGAGGAGAAACAGAAAAUCAAAGAGGAAAACGAGCGGCUCCUCCAGGAGUAUGGUUUCUGUAUCAUGGACAACCACAAGGAGAGGAUCGGAAACUUCCGCAUUGAGCCGCCGGGCCUUUUCAGAGGCAGAGGUGAUCAUCCAAAAAUGGGAAUGCUGAAACGACGCAUCAGACCUCAAGACAUCAUUAUCAACUGUAGCAAGGACUCCAAGCACCCUAAACCUCCACCAGGUACGAAAUGGAAGGAGGUUCGCCAUGACAACAAGGUGACCUGGUUAGCAUCAUGGACAGAGAACAUCCAGGGCUCCAUCAAGUACAUUAUGUUAAAUCCUAGUUCAAGGAUCAAGGGGGAGAAGGACUGGCAGAAAUAUGAAACUGCCCGGCGUUUGAAGAAGUGUGUAGAUCGCAUCCGAGCUCAGUAUAGAGAUGACUGGAAGUCAAAAGAGAUGCGGAUCAGACAGAGAGCUGUGGCCCUGUAUUUUAUAGACAAGCUGGCACUGAGGGCGGGUAAUGAAAAGGAGGAAGGUGAGACUGCGGACACUGUUGGCUGCUGCUCAUUGCGGGUGGAGCACAUCAAACUGUACCCCAAGAUGGAUGACCAAGAGUAUGUGGUGGAGUUUGACUUCUUGGGAAAAGACUCCAUCCGCUACUACAACAAGAUCCCAGUGGAGAAAAGGGUCUUUAAAAAUCUCCAGUUAUUUCUGGAAAACAAGCAAUCUGAAGACGAUCUGUUCGACAGACUGAACACCUCCAUUCUCAAUAAGCACUUACAGGAACUGAUGGAUGGACUGACAGCCAAGGUUUUUCGUACCUACAAUGCCUCAAUCACCCUGCAACAGCAGCUCAAGGAACUUACCUGCCCUGACGACAGCAUCCCAGCUAAGAUCUUGUCAUACAACCGAGCCAACCGGGCAGUGGCCAUUCUUUGUAACCACCAGAGAGCUCCACCAAAAACAUUUGAGAAAUCCAUGCAGACUCUUCAGACCAAGAUCGACGAUAAACAAAACCAACUAUCUGAAGCCAGGAAGCAGCUGAAAGCUGCCAAGGCUGAUCACAAAGCUUCCCGUGAUGAAAAGAGCAAAAAGACUGUGGAGAUCAAACGUAAAGGGGUACAGAGGAUAGAAGAGCAGCUGAUGAAGCUCCAGGUUCAAGCCACAGACAGAGAGGAGAACAAGCAGAUUGCUCUUGGCACUUCCAAGCUUAACUACUUGGAUCCGCGCAUCUCUGUUGCUUGGUGUAAGAAGUGGGACAUUCCCAUUGAGAAGAUCUACAAUAAAACCCAGAGAGAGAAGUUUGCCUGGGCGAUUGACAUGGCAGAGAAGGAUUAUGAGUUUUAAUCACAUUUAGUGUUUUAACUUUUAUACCCAGGCCUUUGAUUGUAAGGAUGGUUUCUUGUUGAUGUCAAAUUAUUCCACUGUGUGGUAACUGCAGGCCAGUGACGGAGGAUGCUAAGACUAUGCUGAAGCUGUGAUCACAGGUUAAUUAUUCUGCUGUAAAUACUGAUUGGUUGUGUAUAGGAAAAAAAAUCUUCAAACAGUUCACCAAGCUGCCAAAAAGGCAUUUCUUUUAAAAACUUUAUAAUAGUGUGUAUGUAGCUGCAGCCAUCUGACCAUAAUCCAGAAACUAUUAAUGCAUUGGUAUUAAGCUGUGUCAGAUGAAAUGUUCUGAAAGUUUUAAGCCCUCAAAUUUAUUGAGAUCUAUAUUCUCGUAGAAUAAUGAAUUGUUUGUGUGGGAGACUGCGAGAAAUAACGUGAAAGAGAUUAAAAUGGAUUGUAAUCAGUGUAGUUUCAGAGUGAAAGACUGGGUACAAUUAAAUGAGCCUGACAGAAUGAGGAAAAGGUGAAGAAUUAAACCCUAGCACUACGCCCGUACAUAUUAACACAGAGAAUGUCGUCUUUUAUCCACACAGUUUAAGUUUGUUGUUUAUUUCAGGGAUGUAUAUAUUUUUGUCAUUUUUUUCAGUCACUGUAACUCAGUUGUUUUUACCUUUUUUAGUGUGCUGUAAGCAUUGUCAACAAAUAGCUCUUUUUUGCUUUUAUGCAAGCUCCUCUGUGUCUGUUUCCUCAGUUACAAUGAACAGGGCAUAAAACUGAUCGCAGUUACUUGUAAUAACAGAAGCAUAUGUUUAAUGUGCCAGAGCUAAGAGAAACUGUUCCCUCAGACAAGGGAGUGUGGAUUUUGCCAAAAAGAUCACAUCAUGUAUCCUUGUAGUGUGUUGUUUUUGUAUUGCAACAAUAAAGCCGAAACUGUCUUUGAAAAAUUUCCUAAUGUGAAUGGAUAUUCAAACUUUUGUCAUUAAAAUUUCUUGCUAUUGGA